CUCCCCCCCAUCCCCCGCCCCGACUUGUUCCGCGGCGGCCCUUCCGAAUAGCAGCCACCAAUCCCCCCCAGUUUUGCCAUUCCAUUCUCUGUCGGCCAUCGGCGGAAGAAUGGGUCUGAACUUGGAGGAAAUAUAUGGCAAAUCUAUAGUGGACGAGCAGAAGCCGCAAGAGUAUUCGGAAUUCCAGCCAAAGAAAGGAUAUGGCUGGGCCAACACUUUGCCCGAGAGGCAAGGUCUCUAUGACCCCGAAUACGAAAAGGAUGCGUGUGGUGUAGGCUUUGCGGCCCACAUCAAGGGCAAGCCUAGCCACAAGAUUGUCAGUGAUGCUCGCAAUUUGCUAUGCAACAUGACGCAUCGUGGAGCCGUUGGCUCCGAUGCGCGCGAUGGCGAUGGUGCCGGUGUGAUGACCAGUAUCCCCCACAAGUUUUUCAUAAAGAACUUUGCCCGUGAAGUUGGAGUUGAUCUUCCUCCUCUCGGCCAGUACGCUGUCGGCAACCUGUUUUUCAAGCCCGACGAAGACUCUGUGAAGGCAUCUGUAAAGAACUUUGAGGAGAUUGCCACAUCCUUGGGACUUCGAGUGCUGGGUUGGCGUGAGGUUCCGCGCGACUCGACCAUUCUGGGCCCUGCUGCUCUUUCCCGGGAGCCUACCAUCCUGCAGCCUUUUGUGGUCUUGAGAUCGGCCUAUGGUGAAGGGAACAAGCCAGAGAUUACCGAUCCGGAGGCUUUCGAUGAUAAAACAUUCGAACGUCAACUAUAUGUUCUGCGAAAGCGGGCUACCCACGUCAUUGGUCUUGCGAACUGGUUCUAUCUCUGCUCGCUGAGCAACCGGAACAUCGUUUACAAGGGUCAAUUGGCCCCCGUCCAGGUGUACCAGUACUACCAUGACUUGGUAAACGUUGAUUACGAAGGUCACUUUGCCCUCGUCCACUCGCGCUUCUCUACCAACACAUUCCCUUCUUGGGACCGUGCGCAGCCUCUGCGUUGGGCUGCCCACAAUGGCGAAAUCAACACCCUUCGUGGCAACAAAAACUGGAUGCGUGCGAGAGAAGGUGUGCUGAAGUCGGACAUCUUCGGAGAGGAGCUCGAUUCACUGUACCCGAUUGUUGAGGACGGCGGCUCCGAUUCGGCCGCUUUUGAUAACGUUCUUGAACUGUUGAUGAUCAACGGAGUGUUGUCUUUGCCCGAGGCGGUCAUGCUUAUGAUCCCUGAAGCGUGGCAAGACAAUCCGGCCAUGGAUCCCUCCAAGGCUGCUUUCUACGAAUGGGCUGCUUGCCAGAUGGAACCGUGGGAUGGCCCCGCUCUCUUCACGUUCUCCGACGGUCGCUACUGUGGUGCAAACCUCGACCGUAAUGGAUUGCGUCCUUGCAGAUUUUAUGUGACGGAUGACGACCGCAUCAUCUGUGCAUCCGAGGUUGGUGCGGUUGACAUCGACCCUGAGCGUGUGGUUCAGAAAGGUCGUCUGCAACCCGGAAAGAUGCUUCUGGUCGACACAGUCGCUGGACGGAUUAUCGAUGACUCCGAGCUCAAAUACACUGUAUCCCACAGACAUGACUUUGCUUCGUGGCUGGACAAGGAACUCCUCAAGUUGCCGGCUAUCAAGGAGAGACUGGAUGAGCAGAGCGUGGACCUGACAUACGUCCUGGACGAUACGACUGUCCAGAACGAUCCUCGUCUGAAGGCUUUCGGUUACUCCUUUGAACAAGUCAGUCUACUCCUUGGCCCGAUGGCUGCCGACUCCAAGGAGGCUCUUGGCUCCAUGGGCAAUGACGCUCCAUUGGCGUGCAUCGCCAAGCAGCCUCGGCUUCUCUACGAAUAUUUCCGCCAACUUUUCGCUCAAGUCACGAACCCCCCCAUUGACCCUAUUCGUGAGGCUGUGGUCAUGUCGCUGGAGUGCUAUGUUGGCCCUCAGGGCAAUCUCUUGGAGAUGGAGCAGUCUCAGUGCCACCGCUUGUUGCUUCCUUCUCCCAUUCUCAGCAUUCCCGAGUUCAAUGCACUGAAGAACAUCCCUCAGGUCCACAAGGAGUGGACUGUGAAGACCAUUGAUAUCACCUUCGAGAAGAAGAAGGGAGUUCCAGGAUACCUUGAGGCCCUCGAUGCCAUCUGCGAUGCCACCACUGAAGCCAUCCAGAACGGUGACAAGAUUCUCGUGCUCUCGGACCGCGCCACUGGGGAGGACAGGGUUCCCGUGUCUGCGCUUUUGGCAACGGGUCUUGUUCACCACCACCUGGUCCGCAACAAGUGGAGAUCACUUGCCGCCGUAGUUGUGGAGACUGCUGAGGCUCGUGAGGUUCACCACAUGUGUGUCCUGGUCGGUUAUGGUGCUGAUGCCAUUAACCCCUACCUCGCCAUGGAAUGUAUCUUGAAAAUGAACCGGGAAAAGUUGAUCCGCAAGCAGCUUCCUGACGAGAAGGUCAUCGAGAACUACAAGGCCUCCUGUGAUGGCGGUAUCCUGAAGGUCAUGAGCAAGAUGGGUAUCUCCACCCUGCAGUCAUACAAGGGUGCUCAGAUUUUCGAGGCUCUUGGUAUUGACGACAGUGUCAUUGACCGUUGCUUUUCUGGAACUGCAAGCCGUAUUCGUGGCCUGACAUUUGAACUGAUUGCUCAGGAUGCCUUCGCUUUCCACGACCGUGGAUAUCCUUCUCGCGGGAUCGUCGAUAUCCCCGGCCUUCCCGAGUCUGGUGAAUACCACUGGCGUGAUGGUGGUGAAGAGCACAUCAACGACCCAGUCAGCAUUGCGAACAUGCAGGAUGCCGUGCGUACAAAGAACGACAAGUCUUAUGAAGCGUAUGCCAAGGCUGCUCAUGAGCAGAUCAAGAACUGUACCCUCCGUGGUAUGCUCGACUUCGAUUUCGAGCAGCGCACACCAAUCCCUAUCGACCAGGUUGAACCUUGGACUGAAAUUGUCCGUCGAUUUGUUACGGGUGCCAUGUCGUACGGUUCUAUCUCCAUGGAGUCUCACUCCACCCUCGCGAUUGCCAUGAACCGCCUCGGCGGAAAGUCGAACACCGGUGAAGGUGGUGAAGACCCGGAGCGGAGCAAUAGGCUCGAGAACGGCGAUACCAUGCGGUCUGCCAUUAAGCAGAUUGCGUCCGGCCGAUUCGGUGUGACUUCUCACUAUCUUGCCGAUGCCGAUGAGUUGCAGAUCAAGAUGGCCCAGGGAGCUAAGCCCGGAGAAGGUGGUGAGCUUCCUGGCCACAAGGUUGUUGGCCCUAUUGCGCGCACCCGUUACUCUACUCCCGGUGUCGGUCUGAUCUCGCCACCUCCCCACCACGAUAUCUACUCCAUCGAGGAUUUGAAACAGCUCAUCUACGAUCUCAAAUGCUCCAACCCUCGUGCCCGUGUCUCUGUCAAAUUGGUGUCGGAGGUCGGUGUUGGUAUCGUUGCGUCUGGUGUCGCUAAGGCUAAGGCCGAUCAUAUUUUGAUUUCGGGUCACGACGGUGGCACUGGUGCCUCUCGCUGGACUGGUAUCAAGUAUGCUGGUCUUCCUUGGGAACUGGGUCUGGCGGAGACCCACCAGACCCUCGUCCUCAACGAUCUGCGUGGACGUGUCGUUGUGCAGACUGAUGGUCAAAUCCGUACGGGCCGUGACCUUGCUGUCGCUUGUCUGCUCGGAGCCGAAGAAUUCGGAUUUGCUACAACUCCUCUGAUUGCCAUGGGUUGUAUCAUGAUGCGCAAGUGCCACCUCAACACCUGCCCUGUCGGUAUCGCAACCCAGGACCCGGCGCUCCGGGCCAAGUUCCAGGGUACACCCGAGCACGUGAUCAACUUCUUCUACUAUGUCGCCAACGAGAUGCGUGCCAUCAUGGCCAAGUUGGGUGUUCGCACGGUGAAUGAGAUGGUGGGACGCGCCGAGCUUCUCAAGGUCCGCGAAGACAUUCGGAAUGCCAAGCAGGAGAAGAUUGACUUGUCCCUCAUCCUUACGCCUGCCCACUCUCUGCGCCCUGGCGUUGCUACAUACAACGUCCGCAAGCAGGACCACCGUCUCCACACCCGUCUCGACAACAAGCUGAUCGCCGAGUCGGAGUUGGCAUUGGAGAAGGGUCUGCCUUGCAGGAUCGAAUGUGAUAUUGUUAACACCGACCGUGGAUUGGGCGCUACCUUGUCUUACCAGGUCAGUCGCCGUUAUGGCGGCGAAGGUCUUCCCCAGGACACCAUCCACGCCAACAUCAAGGGCUCUGCUGGUCAGUCAUUCGGUGCCUACCUGGCUCCUGGUAUCACCCUCGAGCUGGAGGGCGAUGCCAAUGACUACAUUGGUAAGGGUCUUUCGGGAGGUCGUCUUAUCAUCUACCCCCCUCGCGGUGCUGCAUUCAAGGCCGAGGAGAACGUCAUUGUUGGUAACACCUGUCUUUAUGGUGCCACUCGCGGUACUUGCUUCUUCCGUGGUAUGGCUGCCGAGCGUUUCGCUGUUCGUAACUCUGGCGCUACUGCUGUCGUGGAGGGUGUCGGUGAUCACGGUUGUGAGUACAUGACUGGUGGCCGCGUCCUCGUCCUCGGCUCAACUGGCCGUAACUUCGCCGCUGGUAUGUCUGGUGGUAUCGCCUACAUCUUGGAUAUGAACCAGGACUUCCAUUCCAAGGUCAACAUGGAGAUGGUCGAGGUGUCCGGCCUGGAAGACCCCGCUGAGAUUGCUUUCGUUCGUGGCUUGAUUGAGGACCACCACCACUACACUGGCUCAGAGCUCGCCGCCCGUAUCUUGCUCGACUUCACCCGUGCCCUUCCUCACUUUGUCAAGGUGCUGCCCACGGACUACAAGCGGAUCCUGGCGGAGGAAGCUGCCAAGGCCGAGGCCGCUAAGAAGGCCGAGUUCUCUCUUCCCCAGCUCCCCAGCACUCCAGUUCCUGCGGAGAAGCCCAAGGCCCCUGAAGGAGAUGCCAAGAAGGCAGAAAUGCUGGAUAUUGAGGACAGCAUUAGUGACUCGAAGACCGAGAAGAAGCGCUCGGCUCUCAUCCUGGACAAGACGAGAGGGUUCAUGAAGUACAGCCGACGGAAGGAGAAGUACCGCAACCCGGCCACUCGUACUCGUGACUGGGCGGAGCUUUCCAACCGCCUCAGUGAGGACGAACUCAAGUACCAGUCCGCUCGCUGCAUGGACUGUGGUGUUCCUUUCUGCCAGUCCGACACCGGUUGCCCGAUCUCUAACAUCAUUCCCAAGUGGAAUGAGCUGGUGUUCCAGAACCAGUGGCAAGAUGCCCUCAACCGUCUUCUCAUGACCAACAACUUCCCCGAGUUCACUGGCCGUGUUUGCCCUGCUCCUUGCGAGGGUGCUUGUGUUCUGGGAAUCAAUGAAGAUCCUGUUGGUAUCAAGUCUAUCGAGUGUGCCAUCAUUGACCGUGGUUUCGAAAUGGGCUGGAUGGUCCCUCGUCCCCCCAACACCCGCACUGGCAGGACUGUUGCCAUUAUCGGUUCGGGUCCCGCAGGUCUCGCUGCUGCCGAUCAACUCAACCGUGCUGGACACACUGUCACUGUCUAUGAGCGUGCCGACCGCAUUGGUGGUUUGCUUAUGUAUGGUAUUCCCAACAUGAAGCUGGACAAGAAGGUUGUGCAGCGCCGUGUCGAUCUGAUGGCUGCUGAGGGAGUCCAGUUCGCACCUGGCACCCCCGUCGGCCCUGACCACGAGGUUACCUUGGAAUCUCUGCGCCAGACUAACGACGCUGUUAUCAUUGCCACCGGUGCCACCGUGGCUCGUGACCUGAAGGUUCCUGGCCGUGAGCUGGACGGUGUUCACUUCGCCAUGCAAUUCUUGCACCGCAACACCAAGUCGCUCCUCGACUCCAACCUUGCCGACGGCGCCUACAUCUCCGCCAAGGACAAGCACGUUGUGGUCAUUGGUGGUGGUGAUACUGGAAAUGACUGCAUUGGUACCUCUGUUCGCCACGGUGCCAAGUCUGUCACCAACUUCGAGUUGCUGCCUCAGCCCCCGCCGGAGCGCGCCCGCGACAACCCGUGGCCCCAGUGGCCCCGGAUCUACCGUGUCGACUACGGUCACUCGGAGGUCAAGACGCACAUGGGCAAGGACCCUCGUGAGUACUGUGUCAUGUCCAAGGAGUUCGUUGACGACGGCAAUGGCCGCGUCAAGGGUAUCAACACUGUUCGCGUUGAGUGGACCAAGAGCGCUUCCGGUGGUUGGGACAUGAAGACCGUUGAGGGCAGUGAGCAGUUCUUCCCCGCGGACCUUGUUCUCCUCUCCAUGGGCUUCCUUGGUCCUGAGGACCGUGUCCUGGGCGAGGGCAUUGAGCGUGACGCUCGUAAGAACGUCAAGACGCCUCCUGGCCAGUACUCUACCAAUGUGUCGGGCGUGUACGCUGCUGGUGACUGCCGCCGUGGCCAGUCCCUCAUUGUCUGGGGUAUCAACGAAGGUCGCCAGUGUGCUCGUGAGGUGGAUACUUUCCUUAUGGGCAUUAGCUCCCAGCUCCCCGUCACUGGUGGCAUUGUGCGCCGGCCCGCUAUCGAUACUGUUCCCCAGGCUGCUCAGCAGACGGUUUCCGCCUAAAUCCCCCUGGGACCCGAGCCGCCACGCUGGACCGGUUCCGGCGAUGAGGUUCCUGUCAGGGUAGCAACGAAUCUAUGAAUUGCAAUGUCGAGAAGAGAAAAGUUUGUGACUUGGGGGUAACUAUUGGGUGGCUUCUUUCCAUCAAGGCACUUACCUAUAGGCGAAGCCGGAAUUCUACUAGUCACUGGAUCGAUGCUUUGGGUGGGGUUUUGAAGAGGGUUAUGCUUUGCGGGGAGGAAAUCUUUACAUUUAGGGUUUCUCUUCUGGAGGAUGAUAUGCGACUGGUUGCAGCGUUCUGUUCCUUUCCCAAAAGAUGUGCGAGGAGUCGGAGCGAGUGCCAUUUGAGCCCAUCUCAAUUCGAUGUACAUAUUGUCUUGUUUCCUAUCGAUAUCAAAGGCUUUGAUUUCUCACCGG